AUGUCACCGGGUUCAACGUCCAAGACAACGCAAUCCGCGGGAAACGUAGCCGGCCCUAACCGGGCCGGCCCGAGGAGGGGACCGCUUCACUCGAGCAUGGGGGAUGAAGCGAUCAAGCAAGUCAAGCGUCAAGCUUUCAAGACCAGCUCGACUAUCAGACUUAGCUCAUCUACAUCAUUAGCAGCAACCAAAUCGGCCAACGCCAUGUCGACCAAGAACAAUCACACGCUUGAUAUCCUCGCCAAAGCUGAAGCUGGCGGCUAUGGUGUCCUGUCGCAAGUCUGCUACGACUGGGCAGAAGUAGUCGGUGUCAUUCGCGCUGCAGAGCGCUUCAAGGCUCCUGUCAUUGUGCAACUCUUCCCCGUGACUCUGCAGUACGGCGGAGGACCGUUCCUUCAGCUCCUGCUUGACAUGGCGCACAAUGCUUCCGUCCCCGUAUCUGUCCACCUCGACCACGCUACAAACGAUGAGCAGCUCGAGCUCGCUGUCGGACUCGCGGAGAAGGGGAUCAAGUUUGACUCGAUCAUGGUGGAUGCGUCGCACGCGGAUACCGAUGAGGAGAACAUCAACAUCGCCAUUCCCUGGAUCAAGCGAUGCAACGCCGCUGGGGUGCGAACCGAAGUGGAGCUCGGUCGUCUGGAGGGCGGUGAAGCCGGUCUCCGUCAGGUUGAGGGGACGAUUCUGACUGACCCCGCAAAGGCUGAGGAGUUCUUGAAGAGGACUGGAGCCGACAUCCUCGCACCGUGUGUUGGAAACCGACACGGAUCGUACGUCCCAUUCGGAGGUGCCGAUGGCCAGUGGGACAUGCAACUGCUUGAGACCUUGUCAAAGCAGUUCAAGGGUCGUAUCCCCAUCUGCGCUCACGGUACCGACGAGCUCCCCGAACACAUGUGGGGCCAGAUGAUCAAGGCUGGUGUCAGCAAGAUCAAUGUCAACUCGUGGAUUCGUGAUCCCUACAUCGAGAACCUCUGCGAGGGACUCAAGACUAAGCCCAUGCCCGAGGCCAUUGAGGACGCGACCGAGGUGGUCAUCAACGAGUGCGAGAAGUUGUUCAAGCUGUUCGGUUGUAUCGGCAAAGCUUAG